AGCAUGGCGAGCCGCCCUUUGUGUUGAAGCUGAUUUGGCGUUCGCUUUGUGAAUGCCCCAAGUUCUCAUUCUCGUCACAAAGAAGCCCAAAGCGACGGAGCAACUGUCUCGUAGCCGCCACAAUUCAAGCAACCCACCAUCAAUCAUCAAAACUCAAACCCAACCUGAUACCUGAUUCCCCCCUCAACCCUCUGCAUAGAACUGCAACAAAAAGGCACCAUGAGCGAGCACCUUGAAAUGGAAUACGAAACUAUUCAAAAUGUUAUCGAUAGUUGGGAGCUAUUGAGAAGAAUCCCCAACUACGAUGUCGAGGCAGGUACACUACUCUUCACGCAUCUCUUUGAGAAAUGCCCGCCUGCAAUGGUUCUGUUUGGUUUCCCGAAAGAUAUGGAUCCUACCUGUGAAAAGCUGAAGAAGAGCAAGCGGUUUGUUUCGCACGCCAAGAACAUGGUUGCCAUGUUAGACCGGGCCCUAGCAAUGCUUGGGCCAGACGCGGAACUGCUGGAGGAGAUGCUUCUGGAUUUGGGAAAGAAGCACGUUACUAUUGGAGUUCCUGUAAACGCAUACCCCAUUAUGGGUGACGCGUUGUUGCAGACGCUUCGGGAGUUGCUGGGCGACAAAUUCAACCAACAAGCUGAACACUCCUGGCUUGAGGUGUACCGUGCGUUUUCCUUUGAAAUGAUCUCGGUGAUGCGCAAAACUGUAUGAGAAGGUUCGCUCACGCACACGCACAGCGCACCCCCAGCAACAACAACCCCUAUAGACAUACACAUGCAUGGCAAUCACAUUCCGUAAAUCUACGGUACAUCUGAGUACAUUCUAACCUGGGUCCAUUCAAAAGCUUGAAAACAGUGUAGAAAAAACAGUAUUCCCUAGCUAUAAGAGCAACCAGGAGUUUGCCGUUUCAGAAAGCCAGGCUUAGUCGCUGAUUGAAUUCUUCACUGAUUGUGCUUCCCCUU